AUGGGCCUACUGUGGGCCCCACUCUCCCUGUUGCUCCUCCUGCUUGGGGGGCCUGCCUGUCUGUGGACCCAGGACCACCCCAGCUGCCCAGAACCCAGGGAACUGGAAGCCAGCAAAGUUGUCCUCCUGCCCAAUUGUUCUGGUCCUGGGGAGAAGGGGGACCCAGGUCCUCAAGGGCAACCUGGGCCACCAGGCAAGAUGGGCUCCAAGGGUGAGCCUGGAGAUCCAGCAAACCUGCUCCCAUGCCAGGAGGGCCCCAGGAGCUGCCAGGAGCUGCUGAGCCAGGCCACGGGCUGGCCCCAGGGUGCCUCUUUGAGUGGCUGCUACCCUCUGUGCCUGCCUGAAGGCAGGGUCCUCCUGGUUUUUUGCAACAUGGAUACCACAGGGCCAGGCCCCUCUGCCUCCUGGGUGUUCCAGAGACGACAGGAUAGUUCUGUGCAUUUCUUCUGCCCUUGGUCCUCCUACAAAGCAGGUUUGGGAAGCCAGGAAUCUGAAUCCUGGCUGGGGAAUGAGGGUUUUUUUGUUUUGCUCCUGGGGAAUGGGAAUUUGCACCAGCUUACUGUCCAGGGUACCUGAGAGCUGCAGGUACAGCUGGAACACUUUCAUGGCAACCGUACCCUUGCCUGCUGUGUGACCUUCCGCCUCCUUCUAGAGGCAGACCACUGCCAGCUGGUGCCCGGCAAGUUCUUGGAGGACACUGCAGAGGACUCCCUGAGCUCCCACAACAGGAAUCGCUUUACCAUCUAUGAUGCUGACCAUGAUUUGAAUGAGAGCAACUGUGCAGCGAUUGUCCAUGGAGCCUGGUGGUACCGAUCCUUCUAUCAAUCCAACCUCAACAGGUGCUACGCAAUGUCCGAGGCCACUGCCCACAAGAAUGGCAUCGACUGGGCCUCAGGCCUUGGCAUGGGCCACGCCUACUGCAAGGUCCGGAUGAUACUUCACUAGGUCACCCUGGCAGCUGGGCUUAUCUCUCCCAGACGGCUUCCGGACCCUCGGACCCUCAGCCACCUCCCCAUUGCCAACUCCCUCCGCUUCCCUGUCCACAUUUAAAAGUGAAAUCAUGUUAACCCUUCCCUGCCUUUCAGGACUCUUCCACUUACUGGAGAAAUACCUAGAGGACAGAGCGGGAACACAAGCUUCAUCAAAGGAUGGGUAGACAAAUAUUUCCAGUGGAAAGAACUUCCUUCCACAGGAAGGUGGAAGGGACAGCUGCAUAAAUUAGUGAGGCUUCUGUCUCUGAGGUGUGCAAGACAAGCCAGAGGCAUAUAGUGGAAGGACUGGAGGAGAAUCGAGCAUCCACUGACGAUUCCCCUGGGCCCUUCAGGUCCUGCAAGUGGGUGGUUUUAUGGCAGGAUCUGUACAGCUUUCUCACCCUCUCUGUUGCUCAUGCCUGUCUGUCCCUUGUAUGUUGUCUGUUUUCCACCCAGGCCUCUGUUGAAGGCCAAGUUCUCACCCUCUACUACUUCUUGUCUGCCCAUUGGGGGCUGGUUUAAACCCAGGGUCAAACCAAGGAGAGUACAUUUUUCUUCCAUGAGGAAAUGAAACAGUAGCCACUGAGCUA